CGAAAAGUAGUUGACCUGUGGGGAGGCUAUGCAGAUGUACAGGCUGCAAGAACAUGGAAGAAUGUAAUACACGAUACACAGUUGCAGAACACCAUCGCUGUUGCUUUCUCAACGACCAAAGCUGUUGCCGCUGUUUGUAUCGCGCUUCUUGUCGAUAAAGGGAGACUUAGAUACGAUGAUCUUGUCUCAAAGCAUUGGCCAGGAUUUGCAAAAAAUGGCAAGGAAAAUAUUACUAUAGGAUGGGCGAUGUCUCAUAUGGCAGGUCUUUAUUACCUUGAAACACCCAUUACUGAAGAAAUGGCUAUGAACCACAAUUUAAUGAGAGAAGUGAUAGAAAACGAAGCCCCCAAAAUGGCUCCAGGAACUAGAAGCGGUUACCACGUAUUCACCUAUGGUUGGCUUGUUGAUCAGAUUAUCAGACAUGCAGAUGAAAAGGGGCGAGGUAUUGGACAGUUUUUAAGAGAGGAAAUCACUCAACCAUACGGAAUCGACUUCCAUGUUGGACUUGACGUUCUUUCCGAAGGAUACCGUGUUGCUCGUACAACUCCCAUUCAACACUUGGAUGUGGUAAAAGAGAUUUGGCACGAUUAUCAAGUUUUGUUCAUGCUGCUUAAACUUCUCGCAGGCAUUACGAUUGGUCCUCUCAAGCAAGCUAUUGCCAAUCCAGCUUGGCUGGUCCUCUCCCCCCAUUGUACUGUGAACAAUCCUGAACUGCACACGAUGGAGCAAGCGAGUGCACUUGGAAUAGGAAAUGCACGAUCUCUGGCGAAAUUAUUUAGCUUGGUAUAUUUUGCUGAGGAGCAUUUUUCGGCAUCCCCCAGCUGUUAG